AUGCAGCCGUUUCCACAGUCGACGUCCUCUUCGAGGCCAUCUUCCAUCAUACCGCCCACCAUCAAUGCAAGUCAGUUCUCUCUUGCGGAAACGGCUGUACAGUCUCCCUCUGCAUCGCAUGCAACGUUUGUGCGCCUUCCGUCCACAUCGACCUUGGCCCUUCACGGCAGCCUACCUUCCAAGGCUUCCUCUCUGAAGCGCUCGCACAGUACGACACCCGCCGACGAGCGAACGGUGAGUUUUGGUCUCGACGAGCUCGAAACCGAAAAAUUAGGCACCCCUGGUACGCUCCCUGACAAUCGUCGGCUAGCGCGUCCAACCCUUCCACUUUUUCCUUCGGGAGAUUCUCAAACCCCCUCCGAAAAAUGGACACGAACCAAAGGUUUCUGGAGGUCAUUUAUUGCAAUGUGCCUGCCACUGCUGCUCUCCGCUCUUGAGGGUAGCGUCACCAAUACGGCCCUCCCAACGAUUUCGGAAUCCCUCAACCUUGGCACCUCGUUUUCAUGGGUAGCUACUGCCUUUCUCCUGGCGAGCACAAUCUUCCAGCCAAUGUACAGUCAACUUGGAGAUAUGUGGGGAAGGAAGGCUCCCAUGAUGGUAGCCGUGACCGUCUUCGCGAUUGGCAGUGCCGUGUGCGGCGUCGCACAGUCUGGAGCGGUUCUCAUCGUCGGACGUAUAAUUCAAGGUCUCGGCACAGGCGGCAUCGACCUGUUUGCUGAAAUGAUCCUCUGCGACAUCGUACCGCUACGCAAGCGAGGCCCCUACCUUGCGAUCAAGCACAUCGUCUUCGCCGUUGGGACCUGCCUUGGACCUCUUCUGGGUGGCGUCUUCGCAGAAUUGAAUUGGCGCUGGUGUUUCUACUGCAACAUCCCCGUUUGCUUCGUCGCGUUCGUCAUCAUCUACCUUUGGCUGGAUGUUGGCGGUGGUAUCAAGUCUCGAGAGGUCUCCGUGCUGGCCGAGUUCAAAAAGAUCGACUACACUGGCACGGGAAUGCUCACCUUUUCCGUUGUCAUGCUGCUCAUCUCGCUCAGCACUGGUGGCGCACCGAAUCCAUGGUCCCACUGGACAAUCAUCACGCCCAUGGUGCUUGGCCUCCUCGGCUUCAUGUCCCUCGCUUUCUGGGAGCGAUCGACCUACUGCAAGUUUCCGAUCAUGCCGCCACAUGUCUUCUCGAACCGUACAACGAACAUUGCCUUUGCCCUCACUACAAUCCAUGGCUUCAUCACGUACGGCUUCCAGUUCUACCUCCCGCCAUUCUUCCAGGCUGUCAAAGGAUCGUCGCCAAGCCAGUCUGGAGUCGAAGUUAUGCCCACAACAUUGGCCGUGGUGGUCUGCGCUGCCGUCGGUGGACCACUCAUGACGCUCUGGGGCAAGUACAAACCCAUGCACAUUCUGGGCUUUGCGACCAUGACGCUCGGUCUUGGCUUGUGUGUUUUGCUUGGACCCUCCACUCCCAUAUCCGUCUGGCUGCCUCUCCAGCUUGUCGUCGCUGGAGGCCUCGGCAUCGUCAUCUCGACCAUGCUCCCGGCUGUUCAGGUAAAGCUUCCUGAAAGCAGCACUGGUGCAGCAGCUGGAUCCUGGGCUUUUCUCCGCGGCACCGGAUCUCUAUUCGGCGUUGCCAUCCCAGGUGCCGUAUUCAACGUGCGCUUCAACUCGCUCCUGGCCACCAUCCCCAGCCCAACGGCACGCUCGCAGCUCGCCAAGGGGCAAGCGUACCAACACGCGUCUGCUGCCUUUGUGAAGAGCUUCGGCUCCAAGAACGAGACGCACAUCGUCAACGCCUUCAACGACAGUCUGAAGUGCGUGUGGAUCGUCUUUGCAGUCCUCGCAGCCACGGCCUUUCUCUUGACGUUUGGAGAACAGCAGCACAAGAUGCGCAAGCAGCUCAACACAAAGUACGGCCUGAAGAGCGCACCGCAGACGCCUGCCAUCACGCCUGCGUCCUCGGCUCCGCCAACCAGACCGUCUACUGCGAUGCCCUCGUCUGCCGUCGACCACCAUGAUGCGGAGGCGAUAUACCCCAUGGUCCAAAUUCCGUUGAACCUGAGAUCAAACGAGGACGUAUGA